AUUCCAGCUCCCUCAUCGCUUGCAUCCCACUGGUGAUUGUUUCUCAGUCUCUUACUGUCGCCGUUUCCUGUCCUCCUGUCGUUGAACUCCAAACUACAGCACCAUGGCCGAGAACAAGGAACAGACUUUCAUCGCCAUCAAGCCCGAUGGCGUGCAGAGGGGGCUCGUGGGAGAAAUCAUCAAGCGCUUUGAGCACAGGGGAUACAAGCUCAUUGCCAUGAAGAUGGUCCAGCCAUCUGAGGAGCAUGCCAAGCAGCAUUACCUGGAUCUGAAGGACCUGCCCUUCUACCCCAGCCUGUGCAAGUACCUGGCCUCAGGACCCGUCGUCGCCAUGGUUUGGGAGGGUCUGAGCGCUGUGAAGAUCGGCAGGAUGAUGCUGGGAGAGACCAACCCCGCCGACUCCAAACCAGGCACCAUCCGCGGAGACUACUGCGUCCAGAUCGGCAGGAACCUCAUUCACGGCAGCGAUGCCCUGGAGACCGCCAAGAAAGAGAUUGCCUUGUGGUUCAAGGCUGAGGAGAUGAUCGCCUGGGAGAGCUGUGGCAAGCCCUUCCUCUACGAGUAAAUCCAGAAGACUGAGCCAGCCCGCCUGACCCGCCCACACCCAUUUGCAACUCUGACGCUAGAACUCCCAAACAACACCCCGAAAGCUCUAGAACUUUAUACCGACGCACUUGUCAAUAAAAUAAUCAUGGUUUACCUGA